AUGGAUUAUGGUCAAUGUUCGGGUUAUUUCUCGGCGGCCGCCGCACAAUCCGCUCACGAAAACGCUUCCGCAUCCGCAGCGGCUGCGGCAGCUCUGCCGUUUUUCGGCUAUUCCGCAACCGCCGCGUAUCAUCAGGCUGCGUAUGCCGCGUCGACGACGACAAAUAAUCCGUAUUUGAGUUCGGCGGCGGCUGCGACGACGCAAGGCGGAAGGAAUGCAGGCGGAAGCGGAAGCGGAAACGGUAGUGCUUCUGGAGAUUUGCAAGCCUUUUUUAAUACUGGUGAGUUUUGGGGGGGGGGAGUACUGUAGUUUUAGAACUGCAAGAAAUACUGUAGAUAUAUUUAGAACUGCAAAAGAUACUGUGAAUAAUUUUAGAACUGCAAAAGGUACUGUAGAUAUUGACAAGGGAUACUGUAAAUAGUUUCAGAACUGCAAAAGGUACUGUAGAAGAUUUAGAACUGCAAGAGGUCUCAAUUUAGAACUGCAAAAAGUACUGUAGAUAUAAAUAGAACUGCAAAAUAUACUCUGGAUACAAUUACAAGGAGUACUGUAGGUAUACAUAGAAUCGCAAGAAGAACUGUGAAUAAUUUUAGAACUGCAAGGAGUACUGUAGAUAUUGGAUUUUGCAGGUCUCCAAUAUCAACUCUACCAAAAAUCCCAAUUAAUGUCAGAUUCAUCGAGAAACUCGGGAAAUUCGAUUGUUGGUGGGUUUUUCGAGCAUUCAUUGCUCAUAUUAUAUAUGAUUGCUCAGAUCAAACUUUUCCAGGAGCACUUUGCUCAUCUUCAACUUCAUCUUCAAAUCAUCUGAAUCCGGCUGAACGUCGAAAACAAAGAAGAAUUCGAACAACUUUUACAUCUGGACAGUUAAAGGAACUCGAAAGAGCAUUUUGUGAGACACAUUAUCCAGGUGAGACCUAGAUUUUGGGAUUUUUGGAUUUUUGGAUUUGUCUCGAAGUUUAGCAUCGAAAGACACCCGCUCCGUAUCAACCUAAUUUCGCUGAGUAGUGACUCACAAGCCUUUUUUCAGACAUUUAUACACGGGAAGAUAUUGCAAUGAGAUGUGAUUUGACUGAGGCUCGAGUUCAAGUAUGGUUCCAGAAUCGAAGAGCCAAAUUCAGAAAACAGGAAAAAGUGAGAAGAAAUGGAGGUUGUGAGAAGGAUAUGAUUAUUGAUGAUAUUAUUUGA